AUGAGAGAGAAGCCGCAGAAAGAGAGUUCAGCCUUUCACCACCUAUUCUGGAAACCUGAACAUCUCCCUGAAGUGCAGCAACUGAAUUGGAGGGAAGCUGUGCCUGCAGAACCGUGUUUAAUCCUGAGACCUUCAGGUCAACCAUCUGCUUUCCCGUGUGUGAGAGGACCUUUUCUGGCUCCCGAUGAAUUCUACCUGCUUUUGGGCGGGACGGGCGUGUCUCCUGAUUGGGCAGGCGACUGUGGAAUGCGGCAAGCUCGGCUGCCUAUUGGCUGGGAGGGCGAGGAGGCGGCUGCUUCCGCUGAUCCGGCAGUUGAGAGGCAGCUUGGGCCAAAGCGCGCCGAAGUAGCCCGAGAGAUGCGGCCAAUCCUCCCGCCGGCCUGUGUCUCCGCUGGCAGGCUGCCCUGA